AUGGGCAAGGACAAGGUCGAGAAGAAGGACCGCGCUGAGAAGAAGGAGAAGCGUGCGGAGAAGGACGGUGUGCACAAGGUCAAGAAGGAGAAGAAAGAGAAGAAGGAUAAGACUGCUCUUGUCGAUGCAGUAGAGAAGGAGAUUGACACUGAGGCCAUGGAGGGUCUCGAGCAGACCAAUGCUGUAGUCAAAGACGAGGCUGAGGUCGACGCUGUCCGCCCCGUUGGCGCCCUCGUGCCGUUCGCCAACCCAUUGGUUGAGGACAAGCAGGCCAAGAAGGUCCUGAAGAGUGUCAAGAAGGCUGCCGUCAACAAGUCUCUCAAGCGUGGUGUCAAGGAGGUUGUCAAGGCUCUCCGCAAGUCUCCCGUCCCCGCCGCCAACGCCCCCAUCGGUGUUCCCAGCGGUGUUGUCGUUCUCGCUGCCGAUAUCUCCCCCAUGGAUGUCAUCUCCCACAUUCCCGUCCUGUGUGAGGAUCACGGUAUUCCCUACGUCUUCGUUACCUCCCGCGCUGAGCUCGGUGCUUCCGCUGCCACCAAGCGCCCUACCAGUGUGGUCAUGGUUACCCCCAAGGCUGCCAAGGGCAAGAAGGAGGAUGAUGAGGAGUUCACUAAGGUGUUCGAGGAGCUUGCUGGCUUGACCCAGAAGGAGCUCAACAAGCUGACAGUCUAA